AUGUCCUCCACACAAGAGCUCGGUGAGGGCUUCAAGCACACCGGCAAACGUCGAAGAGUCGACGAUGACGGUGCGCCGGAGGAUGAAAACCAUGCCUUGAGGAAGAGCCUUGAGGAGGAGCAUGAAGCCUUUAAGAAGAAGACAAAAGCCCUGGCAGAGAAACUCGAUAGAGUGGAUGAGUGCAUGGAGUCAUUUAAAAAGACUUUCAUUCCGUCUUUCGGUACGGUGGUUGGUGGACUGGCAGAAUAUCGAAGCCUCGAGAAUGCGUUCGAGCAAGCAAAAGCAGAGAUAGCAUCGUUGCAGCUGGCUCCUGCUCAAACAGCGACAGAAGAAACUUGGCAACAAAACGUCAUCGAGAUGGUCGAGAAACAUAAGUACAGGAUCACAAUACCGAUCAUAACUCAUGCUCAAGUUAUGGAGCAGUUCCAACCACUGAUCGCUUCUGGGAACAAAAAACAUGUCGACCACUUGUUGGAUUUUGUCUUCCAAGCCAAGGUCGGGAAAUGGUACUGUUUCCAAGAGGUUUGCGACAAGGGAACUUUAGGGCUCACUGAAGUCCGUAUUGGUCCAGAAUGUCCACUCCAUGGAGUAGGAUGUAAGCAGGUCCUGAUGGCCAGAAUGGAAGCCACUCCUCAUUUCCAGGUCAUCUUCAAAAGGUUUGACCCGUUGGGUUUACCACAGUGA